GAGGUUAAAAGAAUAGAACCGAAUCCCUAUAUAAUGUGUUAUGUAUUUCUAAGAUUAAUUCUCACAACAUAUUCAGUUUUGGUUUCAACAAUUAUGCGGUAAUGUAUGUCUGUGACGUCAUAGUUACAAUUUAAACUGGUUCCCCGCUGAUUAGUGCUACACACAAACACAGAAGCGAGGUCAACAGGGUACCAGUUUAAGUUACAAUUGUGUAUACAUAGCAACAGACUACGUGGUUUAUUUGUGGUUACGGAAAUCGUUGAGUAACGAUUGUCAAACGAUCGACCUAACCACCAGGGCUCCCGGGAUUCGCGAUAGUACGUGUAUAUCAGGUACACAUGAGGAACCAGUCUACUCACUUGUCACGUUUCAAGAUGUUAUGUAUACAUGUAGAUGUCAAUUUAUUGUUGAGGAAAUCAAUUUGCGUACAUAUAAUAAUAGGUUGUCAUUCAGUGUGGUAGAAGUUGUCUUCAAUCUAAAUUCCUUAAAACGCAAAAGUAAUGAAGUUUUAAAAAGUUGAUACCUGGUUUUUAUACCACGAACAGUAAGAAGGAAGAAAAAUAUGUAAUCCAGCGAUUGAUUUAUAAAUAAAUUCUCUCUUUUUUUCUCUCUCAAAGAAUUAAUUCAAUUAAUAAUAAGGAUCAUCUAUGAAUAACAAGGGUUAAUUAGUACUGUGAAGCCUGUGGUUACUGCAUAAAACAUUGUUUUCCAACUAAGAAGCGGCGUGCGACAUUUCUCUCGUAUUUCCGGGAGUCAGUAGCUGACAUUGUGGUAACCGAUUCUCUGUAUAGCACCAGUCUCCUUUAGGACGAAAUUCUGGAAAUCCCCUUUCUAAUGAUAAAGACUUUCUGUGUAAAUGAAAAUGUCAUUUCUGAAGGAAAUGGCGAUUAAGAGCUCCUUUCACAAUAUUUGAUGAAUAUAUCAAACUCAAUGCUAUGUAGGCCUAAUUUUAUAUGUAUAGGUGUGGCGAGCACUUUGUUUCGUUUAAAAUAAAAUUCAUAAAAAUGUCCCACGCAUCAAUAAAAAAAAAAAUAGCGAGCUGGAAUUAAAUCUUAUUCCGUUCAAAUGGCGUUUAAAGACUACAAUUUUAUGACCACUGAUCAAUGAAUGAAGACAUCGUAAUAACUAUAUUGCUAAUUUUGUCUGGUUGCCAUGACAGAGAAUGACGCUGGAAUUCCCCGGUUAAGCAUGACUGAAAUGUCAGAGUUAUCUCAAGUAUGACAGGGGUUAAUCAAUUAAAUCAAUUUAAAUUGAGUUCUUUAAAAUCGCCUUGACACAAAGCUAAAAUUAGACAUGAUCAAGCAAGUUUGGGGGGCAUUUAAAUACAUACAGAUAUGAUGACUUGAUAUAUUGGAAAUGUUCGAAGACUUCACUGCGCAUGUCUUUAGGUAGAGCUAUUAUAUCGGAAGAGGUAUUGAUCUCGGGUCAGUUAUUCAAAGCCAAUUUUUGAUUGCCAGAGACAGAGCAUAAACAGAACCCAAACUGGAAUAUAAACAGAGGAACGAAGGGCUGCAUGAUUUUGUUCAUUGGAAUUUUGUUAAGCGUGGAAAAGUAAUGAAAAAUGAAGACAUGAAGCCUCCGGUAAACAACAAAGCGUGCAUGGAAACGACGAUUGCAGACCCUGGUGUAAUCCAGGAGAAAACCAAAGUCGGACGGAUCGGCGAAAAACGGAAGUUAAUUCUUCAUUUCGAUAUUCGGAACACGGUGCUAGUCGCCGAUUCUGUGACCAAGGUGUCGAUGGAACAAGCCUUAAACAGUUUUCUGACAGGAGUCGCUUGGGGUAAGGCCAACAACUCGGAGUGGCACUGGCAUUCGUACACCCCGUCCCUCACACCCCCCGCCCCCGACACCACGACCAUCUACAAAUUCUUAGAGAAGAUGCUUGUGAAAACUCCCGUGGAUCGUACCAAUCUACGAAUCGCGACCGGGGACUUCACACAAACGGCAAUGGGGGAGGGAUUCCUUCCGGUUUUUCAGGACCAUCUCCACUUGUUGAGGUGGCGCCACGAUCCCGUGGAGUUUCUCACAAUGUCCGGAAAAAACGGUAAACAGUACCACUAUAUUUUACCGUCUGUGUAUCGAGUGAUUCACAAACUGUGCGAGGAUAAUCGCAAUUUUUCUAUAGUGUUCAGAACUUAUGGGUUGGAUGCUAAAAAUGUGCUCAGUAGUCUUUCUCAUGGUUUGUCUGGAAAACAUACGUAUUUCCCCACUCCAUUGGAUAUAGAUAUCAACACAAAUGUUGGAAAUGUUUACCGAAAACCAAAUGAGUCCAUUGUUUUCGAAAUGCAGGACAAAAAGUGUAGAAAUGGGGAGGAAACUUCCGUUUACACGGGGGAUCGUGAAAUUUACACGAUGCUUAGUCAAACGGAGGGGAUAUGCGGAUUUCAGGACGAUUUUCUUUGCUGGCAGGGUAAUAAUUACCACCAUCGAAGUGCCAAACCUCUUUACAUAGAUCCUUUUGAUAAAGAUGUACAUCACAUUUUCUUUGAUGACAACAUUCGGACAUUCGAACACGACAGCAUAGUGGACGUGAGAGUGUUCGAAUCGGCUGGAGGUAAGGAGGCCAGAAGUAUAUCAAAUCAGGAAGCGGUCAAUUUCGAAAAAAUGAACAUGGUCCAGGCAGAUCUCUUGGAGGCAAUAAAAGAUUCAGAGUACUUUGUAAAAGCUGUACAAACUUGUGAAGAAAAUUACUCAAAAAUACCUGGAUGAUUUUGCGAAUAGUUGACGAGGACACGGGUUGUUUUGAUACAUAAUUACGCUACAUUUAUUUAGAAUAGAACUUAGAUGAGAUGUUGAAAAUAUGCAUUCAUGUGAUACAUUAUGUGAUAAUGGCAUUUGUUCCCGAUUCGUGGAGAACCUUGUAUAUAUCAGGCAAUAUCCCCAUAUUACAUAUUUUUAAUAAUUGCAUAUCUAUACAUGUAUUGAUACUAAACGAUGGAAAGCUGCCAGGUUUUUUUUUUCAUUAUUAAAAAAACAAACUGAUCAUUGGGGCCUUUAAAUUCCUGUGCUCUCUGCCACGUACGUAUUGGUUUACUUUUAAUUGUCGAUGUUUACACUCGGUACUAAAACGCAAUGUAUAGGAGGAUCUAGAGGGGUGUGUAGACACACACCAACGAAUUUUGUUUUCCUUAUUCCGUUGAAAUUUCAUUCCUUAAUACUUUUUCCUCAGUUUUUCAUUAUAUGUCCCGAGAUUUUGUAAACUAAAAAAAAUGUAGAUAUAUUUAAAAAAAAAAAAAAGGAAUCCUUAUCUUAACAUAAUUGGAAAGUAUAUAUAACACAGGGAAAUACUACAUACAGGCUAGCUGAAUGUUCACCGAUCGUUCUCAUACUUCAAAGUUUUAUCGAGUUUAAAUGAAUUGAACGAUCAUCUUUAAACUUUAUUAAAUACUAUUCUGUCACUUUAAAUUGUUAACAUAGCCCACGUACACGACGCAUUAGUUUCUGUGCAUAUCAAACAAAAGCUGCUCAAAGAUUGGCGAGCGUGUCUGUGUGUUUCACGACAACGUGUUUCACUUUAACAUGACGUAUCAGGGUUUUGUUUAGUCAUUGUGACAAUGUGAUGCUUACUUUGUGAUAGAAAUUGAAUAUGGUCUAUUAAAUAUAUAUGUAUUAUAAAGAGAUGUAUAUUUUAUUUCUACAUUAUUUUAUUGCAUGUAUUUAUUCGUGUACCUACGAGUUAUCGAAACUUUGUGCAAUACUCAUGUUUUGCUCUUGCUGAGUUUAUGACAUUCAAUAACUCAUUAUUUAAUUAUCUCGAGCGCUACCUGGGACUUUGGAUAGUAUGUUCAUGAUAUACUUUAGAAUUUGAUUAACGAAUUUUACAUGAAUAUACACUAUUAAAUAAAAUGUCGUUUUUCUAUUUCAUUAUUUAUUUCCCAAAAGUUCCGAAUCAACAACGUAUAGCGAUUUGUUUGUUUUUAAAUUUAUGAGGAGCAACUGCAUGCAUGGCUAGGGAAUGACGUGGAUAGCAGCUCCUUUAUUCAUACCCCCCCCCCUUAAAAUUAAUUCUAAUCCAUAUUAUUGCAUAAUUUUUCUUUAGAUCUACCAGCAAUCUAAUUCAUUACGUUCAUGAUGUAAAUGUUUGUUACCAAACACGCAAUGUUUAUGACUUUGUUUAUUAAUUUUCUUUCUUUUUUUUUAUAUUUAUAAUUUAUUCAUUUAUUUAUUUAUUUAUUUUGCAUGAUACAAAUUUAAUAAACUAUUUAAGUAUA